CGCGGCGCCCUCGAGCCUCAGCCGCUCCUCAGUCGCCCGUCGAUUCACAACUCACCCCCACGAGACACUAAAAAAGCAGCAAAAUGUGCGACGACGAAGUAGCAGCCCUUGUUGUCGACAAUGGAUCCGGUAUGUGCAAGGCCGGUUUCGCCGGAGACGACGCUCCCCGUGCCGUAUUCCCCUCGAUCGUAGGUCGCCCCAGACAUCAGGGUGUGAUGGUCGGUAUGGGUCAGAAAGACAGCUAUGUCGGCGACGAGGCACAGAGCAAGAGAGGUAUUCUCACCUUGAAAUACCCGAUCGAGCACGGUAUCAUCACCAACUGGGAUGAUAUGGAGAAGAUCUGGCAUCACACCUUCUACAACGAAUUGCGUGUUGCCCCUGAGGAACACCCAGUCCUCCUCACCGAGGCUCCCCUGAACCCAAAAGCUAACCGCGAAAAGAUGACCCAGAUCAUGUUCGAAACCUUCAACAGCCCGGCCAUGUACGUCGCCAUCCAGGCCGUGCUCUCCCUGUACGCUUCCGGUCGUACCACCGGUAUCGUCUUGGACUCCGGAGAUGGUGUCUCGCACACCGUACCCAUCUACGAAGGUUACGCCCUUCCUCACGCCAUCCUCCGUCUGGACUUGGCCGGUCGCGAUUUGACCGAUUACCUCAUGAAGAUCCUCACCGAGAGAGGUUACAGCUUCACGACCACGGCUGAGCGAGAAAUCGUGCGCGACAUCAAGGAGAAACUUUGCUAUGUCGCCCUGGACUUCGAACAGGAAAUGGCCACCGCUGCUGCCAGCACCUCCCUCGAGAAGAGCUACGAGUUGCCCGAUGGACAGGUGAUCACCAUCGGUAACGAGAGGUUCCGUUGCCCAGAAGCCCUGUUCCAACCUUCCUUCCUGGGUAUGGAAUCCUGCGGUAUCCACGAAACCGUCUACAACUCCAUCAUGAAGUGCGACGUCGACAUCCGUAAGGAUCUGUACGCCAACAACGUACUCUCUGGCGGUACCACCAUGUACCCCGGUAUUGCCGACCGUAUGCAGAAAGAAAUCACUGCCCUGGCCCCAUCGACCAUCAAGAUCAAGAUCAUCGCUCCCCCCGAGAGGAAAUACUCCGUAUGGAUCGGUGGAUCCAUCUUGGCCUCCCUGUCCACCUUCCAACAGAUGUGGAUCUCCAAACAGGAGUACGACGAGUCCGGCCCUGGCAUCGUUCACCGCAAGUGCUUCUAAGCAGUUAUGCUCGAUUCAAAUUAUUAUUACUAUCGAUAUUGUUAUUGCUACACCUUUUCCCCAAACACACCGUUCACUGCCGUACCGCUUCGUCUAGCUGCGACUCCGUUAGUUCAAUUCUAUCGGCACUGUUUCUACGUGGCGGUGAGAUUUUUUCCGACGAACAUGGUCUGAACAUACACGUCAUCUUUUGUAUAUAAGUUUACAUCUACGGAAUAAAUCAGUCUUAUAUUCUUACAACUAAUCAAAA